AUGGCUUCUACAACGGGUAAUCCCCACAAUUGGCGGCCUCUUUCAUUUCUUAAUAUUAUUACCUUUACUUUUUUAUUCUUGAUUACAACGACAAUUGCCCAAGACUUCACUUGCUCACCUACGAAAAGGUGUAAAGAAGGAUGCUGUAGCAAAGAUGGUUGGUGCGGCUAUGGUCCUACCUCUUGUUCAGCUGAGAAUUGCAUUAGCGAUUGCGAUCGUAAAUCGGCUUGCAAUCCUGGCUGGGGAAUGCAAUGGUCUGCUAGUCAAAACUGUCCUUUGAAUGUCUGCUGCAGUCCAUUUGGGUUUUGCGGUACUACUCCUGAAUUUUGCGGCAGCAAUGUGAUUGCAAGCCCUUCAUGUCCCAUCUCUAAAAGGACCUCUGCCAAGCGCACAGUUGGUUACUGGGAGAGUUGGGGUGUAGGAAGGGGGUGCGAUGCCAUCUGGCCAGAAGAUAUUAAUGCGAAGGCUUAUACACAUCUAAACUUCGCAUUUGCAUUCAUUGACCCCGUCACAUUCGCAGUAUCGCCCAUGGGACAUGACCCAAGUCUUUACAAAAGACUUACUAGUCUUAAAAAAGCCAAUCCCGCACUUAAGGUCUAUAUUGCGAUCGGAGGAUGGUCUAUGAAUGACCCAGAUCAACCUACUGCUACUACUUUCUCUGAUGUCGCGGGGUCUACUACGAAUCAAAAUAAGUUCUUUAACUCUUUGAUUUCGUUCAUGGCGACUUACGGAUUUGAUGGUGUGGAUAUUGAUUGGGAAUAUCCGGUAGCUCCAGAAAGAAGCGGUACGCCUGCUGACAAGGCAAACUUUGUGACAAUGCUUCGGAACAUGAGAACCGCAUUCCAGCGUGCGGGUAGGAAUUAUGGUAUUACUAUAACAAUUCCUGCAUCUUUCUGGUAUUUACAGCACUUUGAUAUCGUAAACAUCGAGAAGGUUGUGGAUUGGAUUAAUGUUAUGAGCUAUGAUCUUAGAGGUGAAUGGGACAAAGAAAACGUUUGGACCGGUCCAUAUAUUGGUGCACACACCAAUCUUACAGAGAUUGACCAAAUGCUGAAACUUCUAUGGCGGAAUAACAUCAAUCCGGACAAUAUUGUCUUGGGUAUUGGAUUUUACGGUCGAGCCUUCCAGCUCGAGAAUCCAGCUUGCACAACCCCAGGCUGUCGUUUUUCUGCCGCAUCACCUCCUGGAGCUUGUACAGCCGCUGCAGGAUACCUUUCCUACAGCGAAAUUACUCGCCUAGUAGCUGCCGGAAAUCCUGUUACUUAUGAUCCGGUAGCUGGUGUAAAAUGGGUGACAUGGAAUCAAAACGGAGCGAAGCAAUGGGUAUCAUGGGAUGAUGCGCAAACUAUCAAACUUAAGGUUGACUAUGCAAAUAGCAACUGUCUAGGUGGUACUAUGGUUUGGAGUACAUCUCUUGAUACAAAAGAUGGCCAAGCUGCACAGGCUUUGUCCGGGCCAAACGGUUCAGGACGAAUAGAGAUUAACAAUAACGUUGCUCUAUCUGUUACUGUUACUGAUUCUCUUAGUACAUGUAGAUGGGCUGCAUGUGGUGCGAGCUGCCCUGAUGGAAUGUCGCCUGCACAAAACUCAAAGGGGAAUCAAGUAGAUGGAGACAGAAGGUGUCCUGGUCAGACUAGAUUGUUCUGCUGCCCUAGUAAUGAUGUUCCCCGCUGCGAAUGGAACUGGGGUAGUUGGAACUGGGGUGCAGAGAACACCGGACUCUGCGGUGGUGGGUGUAGCAAAGGUUGGGUUGAAGUCGGGACAAGUACAGAAGGUUGUAGUAUGGGCCACCGCGCACUAUGUUGCGAACCCAGAAAGAGUGUCGAAGCUAUCGGUAAAUGCCAUUGGGAUAGUACCUCUCCAUUCUGUAAGAGAGGCUGUGGGUCCUCUGGCAGAACGGAACUUGUUUCCUCUAGAGAUGGGGACGGCGGAGAACAGAUCUGCCAAUCCGGACAAAAGAGCUUCUGCUGUGACCAGCCUCCACCCUUUACCAAUUGUGCAUGGCAGCCUGAAUGUAACCAACCAUGCGAACUGGGGAAGUAUCUCGUUACAGCCAGUUACAUGGAAAAGGAUUGCUUCGGAACCAGUGGCUGCAAGGCAUUCUGCUGUGAUCCACCGGGAAGAAGUGUAAGCCAAAUCGAUCGUCGGGCAAUAGCAUUCGGCGACUGGGCGGACGACUUCUUGAACUCACGGCUCAACCAAUGCCCUGCACCACAUAUUAUCCUAAAUCCUCGAGAGAUUGUCCACGUACCUGAAUUCGCAUCCUUGAAGAAAACUCGUUCACCUGGUAACUCUAGCUCGCUCUCCCUAUCCAAACGACAGUUCUCGGGUGGUAAGAACGAAGAAUAUCUAUACCUUUUGGCACUUGUGGCUACAUCUGGAGCACUCGACGCCUUACAACGUCAAAUCCGGGAUCAAUGGAACGACCUUGCAGUUUUCAGAACUGGCCUCACAACUGAUGUUCUUGGACGGUGGUUAAGAGCCUACCCUGGCCGUGACCGUGUACAAGAACUCAUGAGACUGUUCUGCCUGACAAGCCCAUUUUCGUACAUCAACCGUGUAUUAGGAACUGCUACUCAGCUAUGCCAUGUUCACGGCGGACCGAGGAAACUACGCAGAGAUGUCUCCGGUAUGGAAGGGGGUAUUAUUCUUUCCGGGCUUUCCCUCGCCCCGAUGCCCAUGAAGAAAAGAACAUUCAUCGGCGAACUCGAUGCCACAUAUUUCGACGAAAAUCGGGUUAUAGCUAAUUGGGGUGAUGCUCCAACCGUUGGAAGACUUUUGCGGCUCAUUGUCGAAGGCCGGCUUAGACAAGAGUUAUUCCGUUUCUUUGGAUAUCGCCAGGGUACAGGGACUAUAGUUGAAGUUGUCUACCUCCUCGGACGAGAACCAAACCAUAUGAUCUCUGAGCUUCAAGAACAUCUCACAGACCGAUAUGCCGUAUUUCAUUACCAUAUCCGUGGCUUCGUAGGCGGCAGCCAAGCCGUUUUCGGCGCCGACGCUUACCUAGACUACGUACAUGUCUUCCACACUAACACCCUAGAAACCCACGGCGGGCCGAACACUUUCGGAGCUCGCAGCCGCCCAGAAACAGAACAAGAAAGAUACGCCCGCGCCCAAAUAUUCGCAUGUCCCGACAAUGAAUCUUGGCUCGCCACUGAUAUUGUCUCAGAUACACAAUUUGAUUACGAUCUUACACAGAUCACGGCGGGAUUAGCGAGACGUGGAGUAUUCAGCUACCGUCCAGGUAUUGUUGAUACAGAUGGCUCGUGGGCUUUCCAAUGGGGAAAUCAUGCAACAGCUUGGAGGUUAACGAACGGCGAGACCGCUCACCCAGGAUGGGAAACACAGUAUAACCCUGCGGCGAACGGGCUGUCACCGCCAUAUUAUAUCAAUCCUGCACAUCCGCCACCGAAUCCAAAUGGGAUCUAG